AUGGACACUCUAUUGCCUCCUACACCAGACAAAGAGACGGUGCUACAGCGCUAUGAAAGGCCCCCACGCAUCCGAAAGAAAAUGGGAGUCGUACCGCGCUCGUACAUCCGCCAGCAGGCGUCAUUCUUCACAGACGAGGAAGAGCACGAGCGGAAAGUGGGGAGACCAAAGAAGAAGAAACAGAAGACAGUGGAGCUCACAGGCGGGGAAGAUGAAGAGCAAGCGAAACUCCGAGCUCUCUCCGAGCCUCCACCUAAUGCCGACACGGAGUUUCUGCGUGCUCGUAGUCACGAGGCCUUCAUCGCAGGUCCACCGACCAUUUUUUCGCCUAAAGAACGGAAGGUCGUCAAGGAGUUUGCAGAAGAUUUCUACAUGACGCAUGCACCAAACGAAGAAAUCCCUUUACAAAUGUGGAACAAUAUUCACGUGUGGCAGGGCACAAGGAAGUCGCGGCAACUUCCCAUUGAACGCUCCGGUUUCGCUUGCAAAUUAUGGUACGAUCUCCACGAAUCGCCCAGUUUACGUCUGUGCGCAUGGUCCAAGGCGGAAGAUGCAGCUUUAAGACGUUUGGCAACGGGUGAAGUGGACUCCACACUGGUUAACCAGUGGCACGAGAUCGCCAAACGCAUGCCAAUCCCCGGAAGACCAGCAGCACAUUGUCUCACUAGAUACCAGACUGCGUUAUGCGCCAACAACGCAAAAUCCGGAUUCACGCCCGAAGAAGACCAGAUCUUACGUGAAGCUGUGCCGAUUUUUGGUGAGAAAUGGAACGUGAUUGCAGAUUUAUUAGAUGGCCGAGUGUCGGAGCAGAUUCGUCAUCGUUGGCAGCUCACACUUGCUCCGGGGCUUCGACGUGGCAAGUUCUCGGUGAUUGAGGAUCGACGGAUGCUGCUAGCACUCCGCGCGUACGUUCCAAAGGGCUGUGAGUACAACUUGGAGCAGGUAGCGUGGAGCGAUAUCAGUCACCAUAUCCCGGGGCGGACGCAGCCAGCGAUUCGUGAUCGAUUUCUCAAUUGUCUGAAUCCGGACUUGUCGUUCAGGAAGUUUACGAAACAGGAGGAUCAGAUUAUUCUGUCUAAAGUACAAGAGUGGGGAAUUGAGUCGGCCAGACUGUGGCCUCGUCUUGCUGCUGAGCUCGGCGAUCGCACAGACGCGCAAGUAUGUCGACGCUGGAGACUUUUAGACCCUGAAGCGUAUGAAAAGCGAAGUGAGGCAUUGGAGAAGGCCACUGCACGACAGACUACCUCUGUCUUCCGUCGACGAUCGAUCCACAGACGCGUCCCCAAUAACAACAGCAGGCAUACCUCGCGAAGCUCGUACAACGGCGAAGUCGAACAAGCAGAGCAGAACAAAGCCACUAGACGAGGUCCAAGAGGCCCCGCUAAGUGA